UUUCUUUAUUUUCUUUCAGAACUGAAACAUAUAAGCAGAGAAACGAAUUUUUAACUGAUAGUACCAUGGAAAACACUAAGAAACUUCAGCUAACUGAGGAGGAGGAGAAUUUACUUCUCGAUCCCUUCUCAAACCUAGACAUGGAGGACGGAGCCAGCGCGAUAGACGUCGAUGAUAGCGCCAGCAUGAUAUCAUCCGUUGCGAGCUCCAACUUCUCUAACUCGUCAAGGCGGAGUAGAAUCUCUACCUGUAAGAGAACAAUCCGGAGGUUAGGAAAGCUGGACUGGGACCAGAUGUCCGAGGAUGACAGAAUGAGGCUGCACAAUGCUCGUGCCUUUAUGGACAGGGAGGGCUUGGGAAAAGCUAAACUUAUCCCAAACCCCCCCUCUUCAGAAAUUCCGAGUAGUAAGACCGUGAUGGGACCACCCGCCCCCCAUGUUUCAAAACAAGGGAAAGGGGACUUCCCAUCUACGUCGGGUGCUACUGCCUUGAUAGCAAACGAGCAAUCGUCUGAAAAGGACACUACCGACCUGAGCGUGAGGACACACGGCGUUGCGUCUGACAACUCAUCAACCAAAAAGGUCGUAUCGUCUGGCGGUGCGAGUGUUAAAGCAGAUGAGAAAGGCACAAAUGGUGAGGGGACGGAUAAGAUGGGGUGCAAGGAUAACUUGGUGGGCCUUAGCCCACAGGUUACCCAAAACACCACCAUCAAAUCUGUAACCGAGGGGACGGGUUUAAUGGGGUGCAUGGAUAACUUGGUGGGCCGUAGCCCACAGGUUACCCAAAUCACCACCAUCAAAUCUGUAACCGAGGGGACGGGUAAGAUGGGGUGCAAGGAUAACUUGGUGGGCCGUAGCCCACAGGUUACCCAAAACACCACCAUCAAAUCUGUAAACGUAAACCGUAACCUUUCUUCUGCCAAAUCAGUCCUACCGCCUGGUGGUACGACUGGUAAAGUUGGUGAGUUAGACAAUACUGUCGAGGGAAAAGGUAAGGUGGGGUGCGAAGCUAACUUGGUGGGCCGUAGCCCACAGGAUAACCGAAACACUACCACCGAACCCGAUCCCGCAAACCAAUCGAUCAAUUCGACGUUCCAGAGCCUAGCUACGGUCAUACGCAAAAAGACCAGGGCUAGACCGAUCGAUGAAAGCGAGAUUCGCCGCCGUCAGAAUCGAAACGCUGAGAAGAUUGUCCGUCGCUUUGCUAAGAGGACUCCCGAGUCCCUCACGGCAAAAGAGCGAGUAGCACUGGACAAAUCACAACAGCGUUUACGUGCAGUGGCAGAACAGGGAAUUGAAAGCACACCUAGCACCUCCAAAAGAGCUAGGAACGAUGCUAAUUCACCUACCAGCUCUUCGCCUAACAAGACGAAGAAGAAGUAUAGAACCUCUCAGGAUAACGUAAAAGGUCACCACGUCGCUAUAGCUGACUAUGGUAAGCCUACACGUAAACUGACUGAAGACGAAUGGCAUCUCCUUGAACUAAGAAUCCUGGAGCAAGUCAAUGAGGCUAUCGUCAAGAGCUGGACGGUUCCACUCUUCGGUAACCUCAAGACUGUCCAUGGUUUCAAGGUGAUGUGCUGUGAGAAUGACGUGACUCUCGAAUGGCUUCGGGAGUUCUUGCAGAAAACAUCAGCUCCAUGGCAAGGCGCCGAACUACGUCUCAUCGACGUAAAGGAGAUAAAAGAUCUCAACAGACCUCUUGGAAGGCUGUUGGUCAAAGGCCCGGCCCUUCCCAGCGAACGGCUUGAGAGAUACAUCCUAUCCCUGAAUAGUGAUCUCUUAAGCAGAGAAUGGGAAUGGGUCAAGUGUGAAAGAACGAAUGAUGGCACCGAAGUGGUGGUGAGAUUGAGUCACAAAUCUUUACCACUCCUGAGGAAGGCUGACUUUAAGGUACGCGUUGGGAUCACUAGGUGCAAACUUAGAUUGAUUCGCAACGAGAGAAAACAGGUUAGUAAUGCGUUGAACUUAAACUUUAUUAUAUAAAUGGAAUUGAAAAUCUUACAAAUCAAUCUUCAUCAUAGUAAAGCCGCAACUGCUAACCUUGUCUACCUCAUGGAGAGUAGACAAUACGACGUAGCCCUGAUACAGGAACCCUGGGCUGUAAGAGGGAAUAUCAAGGGUCUACAAUCUAAAGAACUACUGUUGUACAAGUCAAAUCUUGACAGUCAAAAUACAACAUUGACCAGACUACGGUUAAACUGGAACGCGAUGGGCUUCCAACGCUCAUCUUAUCUUCCACCUACAUGCCGUAUGAUAGCAUAGAAGGACCACCGGCAGAUAUCACUAAAACGUUGAUAUCUUUUGCAAGUAAGAACAAAUUUGAUAUCAUUUUAGGUUGUGAUUCUAAUUCACAUCAUGUGCAAUGGGGAAGCACUGACAUAAAUACUAGGGGCGAGUCCCUCUUUGAGUAUAUUAUCGAAAAUAACCUUGUGGUAGCUAACAGAGGCAACACCCCCACCUUUGUUACAAAAACACGUGAAGAGGUUCUUGAUAUUACUUUGACGAAUAACUCAGACACUUGCCUAUUAGAAAAAUGGAAGGUUUUAGAUGAUAUCUCUUUUUCCGAUCAUAGGCUAAUAGAAUUUUAUAUCCCUGAUGCUGAUAGGCACAAUAAGCCCUUUAGGAAUAAUAGGCGUACCGAUUGGCAGGUAUUCAAUAGGGAAAUAGUUAAGAACCUCAGUCCCCUGAGGACUGAUAAUAAUCUAGACCCAAAUGGCUUAGAUAAAUUGACAGAGGAAUUCACAGGAAUUCUACGCGAUGCAUUGGACAAAAGUUGUCCUCUUAUUACCGCGACGAAGAAAAACAACAAACCACCCUGGUGGACAGUUGAGCUCAGUAACUUAAGAAAAGAAACUAGAAAACUUUUCAAUCGUGCUAAACGCACUAGAGCUGAAAGUGAUUGGGAAUCCUACAAAACCAGUCAAAGAAAAUUUAAGACAGAAACUCAACGAGCCAAACGCUGUUCUUGGAGAAACUUUUGUAGUACUAUCGAAUGUACAAAUCAUUCGGCAAGACUAAGGAAGAUCCUCUCCAAAACAGUCACUCCUAUAGGCUCCCUAAAAGGGCCUGAUAACCAAUGGACUGAAUCUUGUCAAGACAGCUUAAAACUCCUGGUGCAA